CGUUCCUCACUCUGAGGACAGCGUUCCUCACUCUGAUGACAGCGUUCCUCACUCUGAGGACAGCGUUCCUCACUAUGAGGACAGUGUUCCUCACUCUGAGGACAGCGUUCCUCACUCUGACGACAGCGUUCCUCACUCUGAGGACAGCGUUCCUCACUCUGAGCACAGCGUUCCUCACUCUGAGGACAGCGUUCCUCACUCUGAGGACAGCGUUCCUCACUCUGAGGACAGCGUUCCUCACUCUGAGGACAGCGUUCCUCACUCUGAGGACGGCGUUCCUCACUCUGAGGACGGCGUGCCUCACUCUGAGGACAGCGUUCCUCACUCUGGGACAGCGGUCCUCACUCUGAGGACAGCGUUCCUCACUCUGAGGACAGCGUUCCUCACUCUGAGUACAGCGUUCCUCACUCUGAGUACAGCGUUCCUCACUCUGAGGACAGCGUUCCUCACUCUGAGGACAGCGUUCCUCACUCUGAGGACAGCGUUCCUCACUCUGAGGACAGCGUUCCUCACUCUGAGGACAGCGUUCCUCACUCUGAGGACAGCGUUCCCCACUCUGAGGACAGCGUUCCUCACUCUGAGGACAGCGUUCCUCACUCUGAGGACAGCGUUGCUCACUCCGAAGACAGCGUUCCUCACUCUGAGGACAGCGUUCCUCACUGUGAGGACAGCGUUCCUCACACUGAGGACAGCGUUCCUCACACUGACGACAGCGUUCCUCACUCUGAAGAAAGCGUUCCUCACUCUGAGGAAAGCGUUCCUCACUCUGAGGACAGCGUUCCUCACUCUGAGGACAGCGUUCCUCACUCUGAGGACAGCGUUCCUCACUCUGAGGACAGCGUUCCUCACUCUGAGGACAGCGUUCCUCACUCUGAGGACAGCGUUCCUCACUCUGAGGACAGCGUUUCUCACACUGAGGACAGCGUUCUCACUCUAAGUAAAGCUUUCCUCACUCCGAGGAGAGCGUUCCUCACUCUGUGGACAGCGUUCCUCACUCUGAGAACAGCGUUCCUCACUCUGAGGACAGCGUUCCUCACUCUGAGGACAGCAUUCCUCAUUCUGAGGACAGCGUUCCUCAUUCUGAGUAAAGCGUUCCUCACUCUGAGUAAAGCGUUCCUCAUUCUGAGGGCAGCGUUCCUCACUCUGAGGACAGCGUUCCUCACUCUGAGGACAGCGUUCCUCACUCUGAGGACAGCGUUCCUCACUCUGAGGAAAGCGUUCCUCACUCUGAGGAAAGCGUUCCUCACUCUGAGGAAAGCGUUCCUCACUCUGAGGAAAGCGUUCCUCACUCUGAGGAGAGCGUUCCUCACUCUGAGGAGAGCGUUCCUCACUCUGAGGACAGCGUUCCUCACUCUGAGGACAGCGUUCCUCACUCUGAGGACAGCAUUCCUCACUCUGAGGACAUCGUUCCUCACUCUGAGGACAGCGUUCCUCACUCUGAGGACAGCGUUCCUCACUCUGAGGACAGCGUUCCUCACUCUGAGGACAGCGUUCCUCACUCUGAGGACAGCGUUGCUCACUCUGAGGACAGCGUUCCUCACUCUGAGGACAGCGUUCCCCACUCUGAGGACAGCGUUCCUCACUCUGAGGACAGCGUUCCUCACUCUGAGGACAGCGUUCCUCACUCUGAGGACAGCGUUCCUCACUCUGAGGACAGCGUUCCUCACUCUGAGGACAGCGUUCCUCACUCUGAGGACAGCGUUCCUCACUGUGAGGACAGCGUUCCUCACUCUGAGGACAGCGUUCCUCACUCUGAGGACAGCGUUCCUCACUCUGAGGACAGCGUUCCUCACUCUGAGGAAAGCGUUCCUCACUCUGAGGACAGCGUUCCUCACUCUGAGGACAGCGUUCCUCACUCUGAGGACAGCGUUCCUCACUCUGAGGACAACGUUCCUAACUCUGAGGACAGCGUUCCUCACUCUGAGGACAGCGUUCCUCACUCUGAGGACAGCGUUCCUCACUCUGAGGACAGCGUUCCUCACUCUGAGGACAGCGUUCCUCACUCUGAGGACAUCGUUCCUCACUCUGAGGACAGCGUUCCUCACUCUGAGGACAGCGUUCCUCACUCUGAGGACAGCGUUCCUCACUCUGAGGACAGCGUUCCUCACUCUGAGGACAGCGUUCCUCACUCUGAGGACAGCGUUCCUCACUCUGAGGAAAGCGUUCCUCACUCUGACGACAGCGUUCCUCACUCUGAGGACAGCGUUCCUCACUCUGAGGACAGCGAUCCUCACUAUGAGGUCAGCGUUCCUCACUCUGUGGACAGCGUUCCUCACUCUGAGUAAAGCGUUCCUCACCCUGAGGAGAGCGAUCCUCACUAUGAGGUCAGCGUUCCUCACUCUGAGGACAGCGUUCCUCACUCUGAGGACAGCGUUCCUCACUCUGAGGACAGCGUUCCUCACUCUGAGGACAGCGUUCUUCACUCUAAGGACAGCGUUCCUCACUCUGAGUAAAGCGUUCCUCACUCUGAGUAAAGCGUUCCUCACUCUGAGUAAAACGUUACUCACUCGGAGGACAGCGUUCCUCACUCUGAGGACAGCGUUCCUCACUCUGAGGAAAGCGUUCCUCACUCUGAGUAAAACGUUACUCACUCGGAGGACAGCGUUCCUCACUCUGAGGACAGCGUUCCUCACUCUGAGGACAGCGUUCCUCACACUGAGGACAGCGUUCCUCACUCUGAGGACAACGUUCCUCACUUGAGGACAGCGUUCCUCACUCUGAGGACAGCGUUCCUCACUCUGAGGACAGCGUUCCUCACUCUGAGAACAGCGUUCCUCACUCUGAGGACAGCGUUCCUCACUCUGAGGACAGCGUUCCUCACUCUGAGGACAGCGUUUCUCACUCUGAGGACAGCGUUCCUCUCUCUGAGGACAGCGUUCCUCAUUCUGAGGACAGCGUUCCUCAUUCUGAGGACAGCGUUCCUCACUCUGAGGACAGCGUUCCUCUCUCUGAGGACAGCGUUCCUCAUUCUGAGGACAGCGUUCCUCAUUCUAAUAAUAAUAAUAAUAAUAAUAAUAGUCUUUAUUAA